AUGCUCGAUGUGCUCAUUUAUUUGUGCCGCGACAUUCGUCACAAGACGGCAAAACUUAACGGGCGCCUCGCCUGGUCGGGCUCUGCCUGGCUUGGCCUUUUGUCAACGUCAGAAGUUAGCGGCAUAAGUGGUGCCAGCACUGGCGGUGCCACCACGGGGGGCGGGGGUGGUGGUGGCAGCAACAACAACCACAUCUAUGUCAAUCCACACUCCUAUGACAGCAGCACUGGUGGCAGCAUCAGCGGCUCAACGGCCAUUAUGCUGCCAAUGCCGCUGCAGUUGGUGCCGGACAACAACAACGGCGCCGGACUUGCAACAAGUAGCAGUUGUGCACUGUCUCGCCAGCACACCUCAACCACACUGAGCACCCUCAAUACAUAUCUCUUUCCCUGUGGUGCUGAUUCGGCGGGCACCAUUGGCGGUGGCACCUUCAACGGCAGCACCAGCUGCGAUCUGGACAGCAACUUUAGUCAAAUGGUUGCGGGCAGCGAGGCAGGCAGCUCCACAUUUAGUGCAGGUGGUGGCGGUGGUGGUGGUGUUGGUGGUGUUGGCUUGAGUACCGGCCUCGGUGGCUUCAUUAACAAGCGACGCAUACGAAAAUUGUUUGGCGUAGGCAACGGUGGUGGCAGCUCGGCCGGCGAUAAUUUCGGUGUGGCACCCUACGCGUCAGCGCUGCGACGUCGCAGCUCGCAUCUCGUACAGUUCCAUACCGCCGCCUUCGCCAAAAAGAAACAACAACAGCAACAGGAGCAAAUGGAGCAGCGCAUUGCGACAGUAGCUUCGGCCAAUGCCGCCUUUCUGGAGCGUCGAGAGCAGCAACAGCAGCAGCAACAACAACAGCAACAACCACUGCAACCAGUUCACAUGCUGCAGCAGCCACAGCCAAAGAAAAAGAAGCCACCCGGUCCACCAGCUCAGAUGAGGCAACAGGCCUCACGCACCAUGGACCAGGACCCAUUGAUGAAUCGACCUCGCAAGAAUACGCCGGCCAGCGGCAAGAAGAAAGAGACGACGCGCGACUAUGAGAAGUACCCCCUAAAGCAAUUAUUCAUUAUUGACAUAUGCGCCACAUGCAACGGCGAUGGCGGCGGCAGCGGCGGCGGCGGCAGCGGCGGCGACACCAGCAAUGGGAGCACGCAACUUCAACAAGACGACAAAUUGCUAGACAGUGACGCCGCCUAG